GUCUGUUAGUUGUCAGCUGACAGCCCCUUCAAUUGGACCUGCUGCUCCACGGCGCGGACUUCUAUUGAGCCCCGCAUUCAAAAUCGUUGUAGAAAAAACUGUUAGUUUUUUUUUUUUUUUUUGUAAAGUACACGACAGAUUGUAAUUGAAAAAGUGCAAGUAAAUCGAUCGAGAGUCGUGGGCUUAAUUUCAAAAGAAGAGUAAUUGCAAAAAUCGGCAGUUAUUUUGUAGUUGCGCAGUAGUGAAAAACCGAAGAAAUCUACUCACUGUUGCCGGGCUCAAUUGUAAGAAUAAACAAACACAGUCAAUAUGACAAACAUGCGGCCACCGCAGAAAUCCAAGUUGCUGAAGGUUGUCAUAUUGGGCGACGGGGGGGUUGGAAAGUCCGCCCUCCUCACCCGCUUCGUCUCGAAUCGCUACGAGGAAAACAAUUUCCACACCAUCGGUGUGGAGUUUAUGAACAAGGAUAUAGUCGUCGAUGGAGAGCGCUUUACAUUGCAGAUAUGGGAUACGGCCGGUCAGGAGCGAUUUCGGGCGUUGCGCACACCUUUCUAUAGGGGAUCGGACAUCUGCCUGCUCUGCUACGCCCUCGACGAUCGGGACAGCUUGAAGGGAUUGACUCUGUGGCGCAACGAGUUCCUCAACUAUGCAGACGUGGACCAGGACAAGUUUCCCUUUAUUGUGGUGGGAAAUAAGAACGACCUUCCGGCGCAGAAGCGGCAGGUGAACUUUGAAGUAGUGCAGCAAUGGUGUGCCGAGCAGAAGAUCGCCUGCCACAUUGAAACCUCCUCGAAGGCGGCCACCAAUGUGACGGAAGCCUUCGUCCUUGGCCUUCGCCAGUGGCGGCACAUGGAGUGCGUGGCGGAGGCGGAGCUGCGCCAGCAGGGCGACACCAUUGACCUAACGCGCCCCAUUCGCCUCGUGCAGCGACGCAUCUGUUGCACAGGCGGAGGUGGAGGUGGAGGUGGAGGGCAGGAUAAGGAUGCGGAUGGCGAUGGCGAUGAUGCCGCCAUGCGAAGUGCGGGCAACAAAAUGUUCGCCAAGGCGCCAGCCACCAAUUAUAGGCUAUGAGCAGACAGACAGACUGGAGCUGUCAGGGAACUUACGCUUAAUUUAACCACUUGCCCCACCGGGUUGACCUUCAGAGCUUUGCAUUCCGCGGGGGGGGGAAAGUGUCCCAGACCAAAAAGUAAUCAAUUGAUGUUGCUUACAUAUAAAGCGAUUAUCCUGAAGCUGAUGAUAUUCUAAAGAAACGAUGUUUUUAAACGAACUACUUAAGAGCGAACGGCUUAGAUAACAUUAGCUUUAUAAGGCAUAUUUUUGCCAUGAAUAAAAAAAAACUAGGAAGUUCGAAAACUUGAAAGAAUCUAAUAUGAAUACUAAAUUAUUACUUUUAUAUGUAUCGUCAAAAUAGGUCUUAUGUAAGACAUGUUUUCAUUUCGAUCCGAAUAAGAAGUUUCAUUUGUAAAAAUAUUAAUUUAAACGAAUAUAUUAAAACUGUUUAAUAGUCAAAGCAAGUGUCCUUUAAAAAACAAACAAGCUUUUG